GCGGUGCGUGCGUGCGUGCGUGCGCGACACGCAACUAUCCGACGACGUCUCGCACCAACGUUCGAGAAACGGCGAGAGGAAAAACUUUUACCGACCAAACUAUAGCAGCAGCAGCGGUAACCCGGCGCGCCGCUGUUGUCGCCGAUCGAAAUUCCACCCUACGUCGUCGUCUACGUCUACGUCGUCUACGUCGUCGUCGUACGUUUCGUAGCGAAAGCUGUGUGUGCCGAGGGUAAGAGAAGAGCCGCCGGGGGACGAGACCGACGACCGGCUCUUAUAUAUUGCGGUGUGUCGUCCGGCGUUUUUGUAUCGUUUUUGCGUAUCGUAUCAACGACGCCUAAUAUAAUUUUUGUGUGUAAAAAUCUUUCGCCGCGUCGCGUCGCAGAAAACAUCUGUAGCGCGUAGUGAAAGAAAGAAAGAAAGAAAAAAAAAAGGACGUACGGACGUACGGGACGCACGUCGGCCAGCAGUACACGAGAGCGUGCGUGUAUGUGUGACAACGCCUAGUUGUGUCUGGAGAUCCCCAUCGCGCCCCUUUCUUCCGGAGAAGUAUAUUGGGCCAGCGGAGGAGACGCGACGAGAGCCCAACCGAGAAUCCUCCUCUCGAGGGGCGUCCGCUUACGUACGAGCGAAAUUCGACGAUCUCCGAUCUCGAGCGAAUUUGUUUGAAAAAAAUUUCGCUCGAAACAAGAAAGAAAGAGAGAGAGAGAGAGAGAGAGAAAAAAAAGAGGAUUCUCCGCGCCACGCCGUGACCGUGGAGUUUGUCAGUGUCUCAUAACGCACACCGUGGCCUCGUGUGUGCUAUGCUCCUUGAACACAGCCUCGCGGUGUAACAACACUCACCUCCUCAUCAUCAUCCUCCCCCGCCUUCUUCUUGCGCUUCUUCUUCGGGGAAACGCGAGAACGGUAAGUGUGUAAACGGUAAAAUCGGUGGCGGAAGAAAGAGAAGAAGAAGAAGAAGAAAAAAAAAGAGACGACCGACCGGUACACACAAACCGCAUCUCAUCCGCGUGUAUAUCGUGUAAAGGUACUUGAGUGUGUGUGUGUAGGUCGUUCUUCUGUAUCUCUCGUCGUUUCGUCGCGCGAGUAAAAAGAAGUGCAAAGUGUAAAAAUUCAGUUUUGUGAGAGAGAGAGAGAGAGAGAAUUUUUCAUCUUCCGCCUCUGUGCGCACGAGAAGGAAUGCAACCACCGCUUCGAAGUGAUCUUCGUCUCUAGUGGCGAAAACGCGCGCCGCCCGUGUGUGUUUUUUCCGAAAGGAUCCGGUCGGACGAAUUCGGAGAGAAUUUUUGUAUUAUUACUACACACAGUGUGUGCACAAACACACGCCUGUGGGGGGGGGGGGACAGCUGGACCAGUGCGCGUCUCUCUGUCUCUCUGUGUUGUUAUUAAGCUUUUUGCCAUAUUACGAAAUUAGUGUUAUUUGUUAAUGCCAAAAUGUCAGGGACUUUCGUGGACAGGAUAGACCCCUUCGCUAAGCGAUCUCUCAAGAAGAAAACCAAGAAGUCGCAGGGUUCCUCGCGCUACCGCAACUCGCAGGAAUUGGAACUCCAGCAGCUGCCCAUGCUUAAAGAUGUUAACGCAGCAGAUCAAGAAGAACUGUUUAUCAAAAAGCUCCGCCAAUGUUGCGUCACAUUUGAUUUCAUGGAUACAAUGGCUGAUAUUAAAGGCAAGGAAAUUAAACGGAGUGCGCUCAAUGAAUUAGUGGAAUAUAUUACUGCAGGACGAGGUGUUCUUACCGAACCGAUUUAUCCAGAAAUUAUUAAAAUGGUUUCCGCCAAUCUAUUUCGUACAUUGCCACCUAGUGAAAAUCCGGAUUUUGAUCCAGAAGAAGAUGAUCCAACCCUGGAGGCGAGUUGGCCUCAUCUUCAGUUGGUGUACGAAGUCUUCCUUCGGUUUCUCGAGUCUUCAGAUUUUCAACCUGCCAUUGGCAAAAAAGUUAUCGACCAAAAAUUUGUGUUACAGUUAUUGGAUUUGUUUGAUUCUGAAGACCCGAGGGAAAGAGAUUUUCUGAAAACGGUCUUACAUCGUAUUUACGGCAAGUUCCUGGGUCUCAGAGCCUUCAUACGAAAACAAAUAAACAACAUUUUUCUGAGGUUUGUGUAUGAAACGGAACAUUUCAACGGAGUCGGCGAACUUCUCGAAAUUUUGGGUAGCAUUAUUAAUGGAUUUGCUCUUCCUUUAAAAGUUGAGCACAAGCAAUUUUUGGUUAAGGUGCUGUUACCAUUACAUAAAGUGAAAUGUUUAUCACUAUAUCACGCGCAGUUAGCUUAUUGUGUGGUGCAAUUUCUGGAAAAGGAUGCGACUUUAACAGAACCAGUUAUACGAGGCCUCCUUAAAUUCUGGCCUAAAACAUGCAGCGGAAAAGAAGUGAUGUUUCUCGGCGAGAUCGAGGAAAUUUUGGAUGUUAUUGAACCUGGCCAAUUUGUUAGAAUACAAGAACCUUUGUUCAGGCAAAUUGCACGCUGCGUAUCUUCACCACACUUUCAGGUUGCGGAGAGAGCAUUAUACUUUUGGAAUAACGAGUAUAUAAUGUCUUUAAUCGAGGAGAACAACCAUGUAAUAAUGGCGAUUAUGUUUCCAGCGUUGUACAGAAUUAGCAAAGAGCAUUGGAAUCAGACGAUUGUAGCUCUUGUUUAUAACGUUUUAAAAACAUUUAUGGAAAUGAACAGCAAGCUCUUUGAUGAACUUACUGCCACUUAUAAGUCUGAGAGACAAAAAGAGAAGAAAAGAGAAAAAGAAAGGGACGAAUUGUGGAAGAGAUUGGCAGAAUUGGAAAUAGAGCGACGCAAUGCUCUUGAACGUAAUGCCCUCACCAAUGCUAUCACUAAUAAUCCAGUUCCUGCCACUAACACACCACUUACGACGCGAACCCGCCCCUGAGCUGGUGGAGAUAGAGCACCAUGCUGCCCGAUUAUUAACCCUUAGUUCACGUCGAUUGUCCAAAUACUAUCUGCAAAAAAAAAAAAAAAAAAAUCCUUAUUCUUAGCGAAACAAAUUGUCUAAUGAUGACAUUUUUGACGUAAUUGAUUUUAUUAGUUAUGACCGUAAAAUAUCGCGAAAUGAUGGAAAAAAAAAAAAAAA